UACCAGGGGUUAGGGUAACCCUAACCCUAACCCUAACCCUAAGAUCCUGACGCCGCCGGCUCAAGCUCCGCAUCUGACACAUCUGUUACCACGUCUGGCGGCCGCUUCACAAUGCCGUCCAAUGUUGCCACUGUCACGGCUACCACUGCCGCGACCGUGCCUUCCGCAAGUGAAACUUCUUGCGGAUCCAGCGCGUCGACAGUCGAUGGUGACGGCGGUGAUUUACUCGCUACCGAACGCUCGACGGCAACGUCUGUGGGAUCCUCGACGACGUUUGACCGCUCAACCACAAAGACGACCGGAACGAAUGGGUUAACCUCCUCUUCGGCAGGCGCUGCAGCCGCGGAGGACCGAACCGGCGCCGGAACUGACUUCAAUUCGGUUAGCAGUAGUGUCACCCGUGUUAACGGCGGUCUGGCGGCAUCCAGCCCCGGCCUCGCCAGUGCCGAGGGUACAGCGCAGGCCCUCACUUCUAGUGUUGCAACGACGAGCGUGAGCACGGUUGCAGCUGUGCCGGAGAAUUCGGACAAGUCCGGAGAUGGCGGAGCGGGCAUGAUUGCCACAACAGACAUGAGUGGAUCGAGCGCGUCUUCUGGAAUUCCCACUGCAUCCAGGUGUACCAGCGCAACUGCCGGGUGUUCAACUGGUCAAACCAUGGCCGUUUGGACAGGCGCAGCGUUAUCCGUGAAGUCUCAGCUAAGCAUAGUUAUCGGCGCUGUUUUGAUCGGGUCCAUGAUGGUCAUCUGAGUUGAUCUUCGACGGGUAUAGACAGGCAUAGGCUAGAUGAUUAGAACCGUACAGAUGCCAUUCAUAUUUAUAGACAUUUCUUUUUGACUUAUGUUCUCGAGACUGCAGCUAGCACCUUGC